AUGGAGGAAGCGUCGGGCUCUUCCUGGGAAGCGCUGCUAUGGAGCCUGCUAGCUGUCGACAACGCUGCUCGCAAUGCGGCCGAGUCCCAGUUUGCUUCACUCAAGCAGGCCGCCUGUAGUGACGAGCUGCUGCUAGGUCUGGUGCACGUUGUGCACUCGUCUAGCCCGGAUGAUAUCCGCGCGUUGGCUGCCGUACUACUGCGUCGUGUGCUUCUACGUGACGCUGUUUCGCUCUGGCCGCGGGCCACGGACCUGGCCCGCGCCGAGGUCAAGCGUGAGCUACUGGCCGUGCUCGAGGCCGGCGAGAACAACCGCGGCAUCCGUCGCAAAGUGUGUGACACGGUGGGCGAACUGGCCAGCAGUAUCCUGGAGGACGGCCAAUGUGACGACCUGCUCCCGACGCUGCUACAAUGGAGCAAUGCGCCCAUGGCCACGCUACGCGAGGCCGCGUUGCGAGUGCUAGAGAUGACAAGCACGUUGGAUGGCCGUGUGGCCCUCAACUCGCUGCGUGCGUUGAGCAUGUUGCUGCUCAACCUGGACGCACUGGACCAAGUGCCCCGGCCGGAGAUGCUGGCCAGCGCCGUACCACUCGUACUCGCUGCGUUGCACUCCUUACUAGUCACAAGGCAAUUCGACGAGGUUAUGGAGGCUCUGGAGGUAUUGAUCGAGGUGGCCGAGCCCCACGCGGCCUUCUUCAAGCCGUGCUUACGCGAGUUCGUGGAGACUAUGGUGCAAAUCGCCGAUGCUCCACGUGAUGAAAACGACGACGAUGCCAUGCCUGAUGGAUGUAGACAACUGGCCAUGGAGUUUCUAGUCUCUCUGGCCGAGCAGGCCCCGUCAAGAUGUCGCCGGCUGCCCAAGAACAUGUUUGUGGAGACUGUGUACCCCGUGGCCUUCAAGAUGAUGCUCGAACUACAAGACAUGGACACAUGGGACGUGGCCAACUGCGAAGACGAGCAGUCAGCAGGUGGCCAAGGUAUCGACCAGGAGAUUUCCAACUUUGACGUAGGCUCUGAGGCCUUGGAACGGCUAGUCGGCGCUCUAGGUGCUAAACGCUCGCUACCUACAUGCUUCGCCCUUAUUCAGGAAUACGCAGCCCAUUCGGAUAAUUGGGUGAGUCGCCACGCGGCCUUGGUGGGCCUCUGUCAGAUUUUAGAUGUACUCGACGACGAGAACUUGGACGCCAUUGUACGUCACUUGCUGACGCAGGCCAACGAUCCCCAUCCGCGUGUAUGCUGUACGGCCGUCGAUGUCAUCGGCCAGCUGUCUGUGGACCAGGCCCCGCAGUUCCAAGAGGCCUACCACCAACAAGCUCUCACUGUGUUGGCCCACUACCUCGAGGAUUUUAACAAGCCACGUCUGCAGGCCCACGCGGCUACCGCUCUACGUCAGUUUAUCGACAUGUGUCCACCGGAGCUGCUAACUCCGUACUUGGAGAACAUGUUACAUCAACUCUUCGCUCUACUACAACACGGCCAGUCCUUGACUUCAACAGCGGGCCAAACACCCACACAAGCCUUCAUCGCCGCUCGGGUUGUCCAGGAACAAGCUAUCACUGCGAUCUCGUCCGUGGCCACAGUGGCCGGCGUGUCGUUCACCAACUAUUACGCUGCUGUGAUGCCGCCGUUGCAGCAGAUUCUUCUAAAUUGUCUUCAGGAAAGUAUGCAGGCUGCGGCCACGUCGCCGGCCGUGCUGAAGCCGCAGUCGAACGCCCCCAGUUCGUUCACACUUGGUGGCAUCACACUCGAGUGUCUGAGUCUUAUCGGCCAAGCAGUAGGCAAGGAAGUCUUCUCGCGUGACGCCUCUGCGAUCCUCAAGGUGAUGGCCGAGAUGCAGGCCACUCCGUCGAUCGUGGGCAACGAGUUGAUCCGCACCUAUCUGCUCCAGGCCUGGGCUCGUUGCUGCACGUGUCUGGGCCACGACUUCGCUCCUUAUCUCCCGCUCGUCAUGCCUACUCUGCUAGAGGCGGCCACGCAACAGGCCGAGUUUGAAGUGGACCCAACGACUCUAUCCAGCGACGACGACGACGACGAAAGCGGCGGGUCCACGGACAGUGAAGACAUCCAACUGGCCCAAGUUAACGACAAGUGUCUGAGUAUCCGUACGUCCAUCUUAGAGGAGAAGGCCACGGCCUGUCAACUGCUGGCCGGCAUGGUGGCCGACCUGAAAGACGCCUUCUUUCCGUACGCCGAACAGGUGACUCAAGUGCUGGCCCCGUUGCUAACCGAGUCGGUCCACUCGGACAUCCGGGCCUCAGCUAUCCGCGCGAUGCCUGCACUUGUCAAGUGCGUGGCCAUCUCCACUGGUGCUCCGGCCAAGGACCACAGUGGCGUGGCCAUCAAGCAGAUGGUAGACUUCGCUCUCGGUCGACUAGUAAACGCACUGACAUCUGAGCCCGAAGUGGAUCUGGUUGUGAGUAUCAUGCAGAGUAUGACUAGCUGUCUGGCCGACGCACGUGCGCUACACUCGACGCUGGAACUUAACGAAGCGCAGUUAAGUGAGCUAGUGCACGGCCUACUCGUCGUGCUAGGCGACAGCUUCCAGCGUCGCGCGAUACGUCGAGGCGCCGGGAGCGACAUGGAAGACGACGACGACGACGCGUCUCAGUCCAGUGAGACUCAAGUGGCCGAGCAGGAGCUGCAGUUCGUGUUGGCCGAGUGUAUCGGCACAUUGGCCAAGACCCACGGCGCUGCGUUCUUCCCCGUGUUUAUGUCUCUACUAUGGGAGAAGGUGGCCGCUCUGGCCGCACCUGGUUGUCUGGUAGAAGACCGUCGGCUGGCGCUGUUUGUAGUGGACGACGUACUGGAACAUUGCGGCCCGGCCAUGCGUCGUCUGGACGUGUUUCUUCCAGUUCUGGAGAGUGCACUAGGCGAAGUUAACGAGCCCAGUUUGAUCCAAGCGGCCGCGUUCGGUGUCGGCGUCUGUGCGUCUCAAGGUGGCGAGGCCUUCGCGCCACAUGCCGAUCGGUGUCUCCAGCUGCUUCACAACGUAGUGGCCCACCCAAAUGCACACAGCUCGGAGCAGCGUAACGCGACCGACAACGCGGUGGCCGCAUUAGGCAAAUUGUGCGAGUUCCAGGCCGGCGCAGUAGACGCCGCCACGCUCUUCCCGCAGUGGCUGGAGCUGCUUCCUCUUCGUGGAGAUCUGGAGGAAUCUCUCGCGGUGUCUCGUCGUCUUUUAGGCUACGUGAACGACCGACAUCCGCUUGUGCUGGGCGCGCCAGACUACAGACAUCUAGGCAAGGUGGUGGCCGUCUUAGCGGCUGUGGCCGAGGACAAAUUCCUGCGGAAGAUGAGCAAGGCGGUGGGCGAGACGGAGGCCGCCGCUCUACGUCAAGAACUCGCGUCUACACUCGCAGGACUCCGCUCUACGGUGCCUGAACCAGUUAUGACUCAAGCGUGGGCCUCGUUGCCGGCCACGCAACAAGCGGCGCUGCAUGUGCUGUUCGCAUAGGGAUCGUAGGAGUCUAUGAAGUUUUAAAGAUUUCUCUGUUAAGUCGGGUAAUAGUAGUUGCAUAGCGAUUUAGACUUUUUCAAAUAUAUUCAGAUUUUUAAAAUCUGGAA